GAAGCCUGAGCAGUCGCUGAGUUGCCCCGAAGCCCCUCGUGCAGACCUUGCCCCCCCCCUCAUCACGGAAUCCUACACGCAAGAUGGGCAGAGAAAACACGACAAGCGAUGACUGGAAUUACACUCUGCCCAAUCUGCUGGAGUACCUGGACGGGCUGCUGGAGGGCGGAGGGCAGCCCCACAGCAACCCCAUCCUCCCGAACCCCAAUAAGGAUGCGGAGGCGCCGGCCACGACCCUCUGGGGGGCCCUCACCUCCUCCUCGACGCCGCCGACGACCACGACCACCACGCCCGCGCCCAUCAACAAGCCCAUGUUUGUUAUGAACUUCACUCUGCGGACCACGGUGGACACGCUCCUGCAGACGCGCGUCAACCUGUCCAAGGCCCUGGACCCCCUGACGUCUCCCGCGGGGGCCGGGGGCAGCGUCCUGGGCCUCGACGUCGACCCCUCGGACGUCGGCCUCGGCAUAGGCAUGGGGGUGGCCACUCUGUCCUCCGCCUCGUCCACGUCCUCCGCGUCCUCGUCCUCCUCGCCCUCGUCCUCGUCCUCGGCCAGCACCCCCGACCUCCUCCUCGCCGGGAACGAGUCCCUGGUCACCCUCGACGACUCCUUCUGGCUCGCCGGCGGGAACGACUCGGCCAACCAGAGCCACUUCUUCGGCAACGAGACCUCGGACGGCCUCAUCGUGGACACCGUCGGCAUGGUCAUCACCUCGGUCAUCCUCGGCAUCAUGAUCCUCACGACGGUCAUCGCCUUCUGCCCAGGAGACCUUAACACCAUAACACAGCGCGAGGGCAUGACGGUGGUUUCACGUGUCGCGAGGGCCUAUGACGGUGGUUCACAGGAGACCUUAACAGCACAGCGCGAGGGCCUUUGUGGUUCACGUAGUAGUUACACAGCGCGAGGGCCUUUUAUGACGGUGGUUCAGUGUGCUAGGAGACCUUAA